AUGGAAAACAUUUCAGAGAAUCAGCCACAAAACAUUUCCAAAGAGGAAAAGCCAACAACUGAAACAAUUCUAGAAGACAAAAAGGAAGAAAUUGAAAGUGUUCAAAACAUAGAAGAAACUCAAGCAAAAGCUGUGGAUGAACACAAAGUUGACAAGUUCACACUGAAGGCGACUCAAAUGAUCGACUGUGAAAAUUUCGACGAAAAGGCUAAGAAGAUGAAAGGCACUCCAGCGAAGCUAAUGAAUGGGAUGUUAGUUGUUGUUGGGUACUUAUGGAUGUUAAUACCAGUCAUCUUGUUAGUGUUAUACUUCUUUUGCACUUAUGUCAUCGACAGGUACUUUUAUUACACCGUGUGGAGUGUCCCUGAAAGAAUAUUCUGGUAUUGGAUAAUGCUUCAUCUGACUUACUAUGAAAUGAUAUGGUCCCUUUUCAAGUGUCAUUUUGCUGUACCUGUACUCUUUGAUAUGGGGUAUCCUAGAAUAGAGGCGUACGACGCUGACACUUAUUGUGAGUCUUGUAAACACGAGAAGUACACCAGAACACACCAUUGUGGAUUUUGUAAGAAGUGUAUUCUUAAAUAUGACCAUCACUGUGCUUGGAUGUCAAAUUGUAUUGGAUACCACAACGCACAUUACUUCUUCAAAUUUAUGUUAGCUUGUUUCCAAGGUGUUUUAAUUUGUGACAUUCAUUUAUACUACGUAUGGAAGUUUUACUAUGGUACUGAAUUGUUCCCAUUCUGGAUUGUGUUGUUCAUGACUCUUUUCUUCGCAAAUAUCACUCUGGUCAUGAUGUUCCAAAUCGCCUCAAUAUCGUUUUGUUUCUCGACCAAUUUGACUAUCAUGGAGAGUGUUGUUUAUAUCUCCAAUGUCUUCAGACAGAAGACUCUUAAGAUACCACUUCCAUUCACAAAGGGAUUCUUGAAUAAUUGGCAUGAGGCUCUUCAUGUACCAAACGAUCUCCCACUUUUCUUAGGAUUUUUACCUUUCGACUUACCACAAGGAAAAGCACCAGAACCCAUCAAGAAAGACUAA